AGUUACUCCCUACCCUCAGGCGGUGGACCGUUAUGGAAUUUAUGGUCAUACAACAACUGAUUUUCAACAACGUCAAGCUGAUAAGCAAACGUAACGGGAAUGGGAAGCAGUAUGACAUUGAUGCUGAUAAGCCAUUGAGCUGCGUAGGGAAGAAGAAGAAGAAGAAGAAGAAGAAGAAGAAGAAGAAGAAAAGAAGAAGAAGAAAAGAAGAAGAAGAAGAAAGGGAUGAUGAAGAAGAAGAAGAAGUAGAAGAAGCGGAAGUAGAGGAAGAAGAAGAAGAAGAAGAAGAAGAAGAAGAAGGAGAAGGAGAAGAAGAAGGAGAAGAAGGGGAAGAAGAAGAAGGGGGAGAUGACAAAGAAGAGGAUGCUGGCAAAGAGGAAGGGGAAGGAGAGGGAGGGGGAGAGGGAGAGGGAGAGAGAGGGGGAGAGGAAGGGGAAGGGAAAGGAGGAGGAGGAGGAGGAGGAGAAGAAGAAGGGGGAAGCGGAGAGGAAGGGAAGAUGGACAAGAAGGGGGAGGCUGCGGGGGAAGAGGAUGGGAAGAUGGAAAACAGGAAGGAGGAGAGGGAGAGGGAGAACUCGAAGGGAAAGAAAGGGGAGGAGAAGGUGGAAGAGGAUGAUCCACGGACCAGCGAAGCACAGCAUCCGGCGAAACCAUUGUGCAAGUCGAGUCACAUGUAUAGGGUGUCGACACCCUAGACAUGCGGCAACCAUGAUUGUCAUUGUGUAAGUCGAGUAUAUAGGGUGUCACAUGUAUAUAGGGUGUCGACUUACACAUUGGCCCGAGGAUGGAUGGACUCCAUCCAGCUGGCGAGCACGAGUGUAACUGGAUGGAGAUCGAGUCCAUCCAUCCUCGGGCCAAUGUCGAAGGAGCAUGGCCACGGGUUAAGCAAACGGGGGAGGACAAGCAUGGUGGUUGCCGCAGAGUUCUGAAAUCAAAUAAUAUGCCAACU